AUCAGUUGACAGCCGUUCCCGCAGCUGAACGGACGUACAAAGUUCGCGGUUUUUUGUCAAACAAAAAUCAAGUUUCACGAUGGGAUCGCGUAGUUCCAAGUCGAAAAAAAGCUAUGAAGUGGCAGGCCCAGCCAACCGGAAAAAAGCCUCUCUAAAAAGUUCGCCCAUCGAGGGGUCGCCCACUCAGUCAGACCUUUUGAGCCCCGGCCCACCGGCAAUUGAGGAGCAGAACUUGGGGCCAGAAUGGUUGAACGAAACGCAAUUCGAGGAAUUACUCGCCGCCAAUGUCGCUCAGUUCUCAAAGAUAGUGGGUUUCCGGGUGAAGCCCGCCAUGGCCCCCGGGGAAAACUAUGCCACCCUCAUGCUGAGGAUCAGCAUAGAUGUGCAGCUCACUGAUAAGAGCACCAAACUGGUCUCCUUCAUGAUGAAGGUUCCGCACAAAACGCCCCAAAUGGAACAAAUGCUGGCCAUGGCCAACUUCUUCGACAGCGAGAAUGCAGUGUACACCGAUAUAAUCCCCAAGUUGGAGGAGCUGUACAAGGCCAAGGGAUUGGACAUCAAAUUUGCACCCAAGGCUUUCAAACUGGACUCCAAAAAGGAGCCCAAUUUGGCCAACACAGUGCUGAUGAAUGACCUGGGUCAGGAUGGCUUCAAGAACCUAAAUCGCCUGGAGUGCCUCAAUCUGGAGCAAACAAAGUUUGCCCUUAAGAAAUUGGCCCAAUUCCAUGCGGCUUCUGCUAUGAGUGUUCAGGUGAACGGACCCUUUGAGGAUAAAUUCGUAAAUGGCGUCCUGGGUGGCAACAAGGAGGUCCUGAUGGCAUUAUACGAAGGAAUGAUUGCCUCAUUCCGCACUGCCUUUAUGGCAAAUCUCAAGAACUUUAAGGAUGGAGAAAGCUUUAGGCAAAAACUGGAGUCUGCGUUUGCCCAGAUAUUCCUGGACUUUGACCAUCUGAUGAAGAGCGAUCCCGCCGAGUUCAAUGUCCUGAACCACGGCGAUUGUUGGAUGAAUAAUCUGCUAUUCAAGCUGGACUCCAAGGGGAAAGUGGAGGACAUGUUGUUUGUCGAUUUCCAGAACCCCAAAUACGGCUCUCCCACGCAGGAUUUGUUUUACCUCAUCAUCACCUCGGUGCACAUAGACUACAAGCUGGAUUACUUUGACUUCUUCAUCAGGCACUAUCACGAGGAGUUGACAAAACACCUGAACCUACUGGGUUUCGCCGGUAAGCAACUUUCCCUCCGGGAUCUUCACAUGCUGAUGUACAAGCACGGAAGUUGGGCCCUGUUCCCCGCGAUCAGUGUGCUGCCAGUGGUGCUCCUGGAUCCCAAUGAGUCGGCCACCUUUGACAAUUUCCUGGGAGACACCGAAGACGGAGCCAAAUUCAAGAAUCUUCUGUUUGCCAACAAGCGCUACCACGGUUACAUUGAAAGGAUUCUGCCAUGGCUGUACAACAAGGGAUUCUUGGAAGCCUACAAUCAGUUCGUUCCACCCGAACAGUCUUCAUCGGAGAACUCUGAAAAUCCCAACCAGAUAUUGGACUGGCUUAGUGUCAGCGACUUCGAAGAGGUAAUAUCCUCCUCCGAACCAGAGUUUAAAAAGGUUCUUGGCGGAUCUUGGACUUCGGCGACGAAACCGGGAGACAACUUUGCCUCUAAGCUUUUGAAAGUUGAUAUACAGGCAGAACUGAAAGAUAGCACUGCCAAAACGUUCUCCUACAUACUGAAAGUACAGCCCAAGUCCGCAAGUGACAAUUUUACGGACGUCAACAUGUUUCCCAAAGAAAUGGAAAUGUACCGAAAAUAUGUACCCGCAUUCGAAAAACUUUAUAAAGAUGCUGGCCUAACAAUCACUUUUAGUGCAAAGUCCUUCGUCCUAAGUAAACCAGUUAGUGAAGAAUAUCUGCUAAUGGAAAAUCUGCAAACCAAGGGCUUCAAGAUGGCCGACCGCAAGAGAGGAUUGGACAUGGAGCACACCAAGAGCGCACUGAAGAAGCUGGCCCAAUGGCAUGCGGCCUCCAUAAAGCACAAGGAACUCAAUGGUCCCUACUCUGCACUGUAUAACGAUGGAAUCUAUAUUGAACAGACGCGAGACAUGUUCCACAAUAUGUUUGCCAUGGCCAAGGAUUCGUAUAUAAGGAUAUUGGGGGAGUUUGAGGGUGCUGAGGAGUAUCUGCCCAAGCUGCCUUGGAUUUUGGACAACCACGUGGAUCAGGUUAUUGAAGAUGCCAAGAUCAAUGAGAAGGAGUUCAAUGUGCUUAAUCACGGCGAUGCUUGGGUAAACAACAUCAUGUUCCAAUACGACUCGGAAGGUCGCCUAAAGGAAACCUUUCUGCUGGAUCAUCAGAAUGCCAAAUACGGCAAUCCAGCUCAAGAUCUGUACUACUUCCUGAUGAGUUCCGCGGAGCUGGACAUCAAGGUCGAUCAGUUUGAUUACCUGAUCAGGUGGUAUCACGAAAAUCUAGUGGAGCAUUCCAACUUGUUGAAAUACAACGGAUAUGUGCCCUCCCUUAAUGAACUUCACACUAUCUUGAUAGAGCAUCCAGCUUUCGCUGCCGGCACUGUAAUCAGUACCUUAACCGUUUGCCUGACCGAUGAGGGCUUCAAUCCCGAGAUAUUUUUCAUCGAAACUCCGGAGUCCGAAAACUUUAGACUACAGCUGCUCGGCAAUGAUCGCUAUAGAGCCCAUAUUGAGCGGGUGAUGCCUUGGCUUAACAGGAGGGGUCUACUAGAUCCUUGAAAGAUCUAAAGAUGUGAUAUACCUUGUUUAAAAAUUGAAAUGCAUUUUUUUAUCGGAUUCCAGAGGAAUUUAGUCAAAAGUUAUAAUAGAAUUGAUUGUUCUGCAUUAUACCUGAUAUUGUUACAAAUUAUUUGAAAUAAAAAGCUGUUGAAAAUA